AUGCUGGGACAGAAGAAUCGAUGUGAAACUCGAAAAUGGGAGAUGAUGGCAUUCGGCAUAACAAAAUAUUUGGAAGAAUUCGUUCCAGACUCUGAAGUGCAUGAAACUUUCCCCACUGAAACUGAAUUUGGGAAGAUAGCCCAAUUGGAAGACGGCAGGGUCAAUAAGCUGUAUAUUCAACCUUUACAAGUUGACAAUGAAAUAUGUGACACGAGUUAUGCAAUUAGAGAUUGUGAGAAGACUACAAUUAGCAACUGUUACCAGCAACGCAGUGCAAAAAAAUGUUAUAUCAAGAAUAGUCUUGAUAUAACAUUAGGACUCUGCAAAAAGUAUGGUCUUAAAGCAUUACCACGCGUGUGGAGCCAUUCAAUUCAGGAAAUCGUCGCUAAUGAGAAUGUGGAAAUUAGAGUCGGCACGCGUGUAAGAACUGCAAUUAUAAUAAGGGCGGAUCAACCGGAUAUCCUGGUGUACGACAAGAAGCGACAUGAAGUACUCCCGAUAGAGGCUGGCAUCACUGGUCAAGAUAGGCUGAUAGUAAUCGAGACCGAGAAAAAGCGAAAGUAUGAAUUUACUGGCUAA